UUGAGAUAUGAUUGUCUACAAUUUUUCAGCUAGUGGUAAUAGCCUGUGAGCUCAUGCCCUCUGUGCCGAAAAAUAUCCAUAUCAUAGAAUACCAACAGGUAAGCUAUUUGGCUGAAUUUUCCAGCAUCUUAGGGCACAGCUCCUCAAGCACCCCACAAGGUUCACCACAUCCAGACCCUAAGGCUUCAAGACGAAUAUGGAUAUUUGCAGUUCUUCCAAAGGAUGUUGCAAAAGUGUUGUGUAGACCUAAUAUUUUAUUUACUAAUGAGUUGAAGUUCACAAGAGGUGGUGUCACGAAUUCUCAUAAUCAUCUUGUGUGGUCUGAUGAAAAUCCCCUUGCAGUCACAGAAAGAGAUCAACAGCACUAUUUCUCAAUCAACAAUCUGGCAGGAACAUUUCACAGACAUGGGGAUUUCUUAUCCUCCACAUCUCAAUUCUCAAGAUUUGAUUACGGAGACACUUGAAGUGACAUAUAGAUGCCAUAGGAUCAUGUGUUCAAUGCAUGCCAUCACAAUAAGAGCUAGGCCAACUUCAACGAGUGUGUGAUUCCUUAUGCCAAAGGUCAUUAGAUAGAUUACCAUAGAUGGACAUUACAGUGAGUCCCAUUCAUAAACGAUUGUUCAGAUCUCAGAAAGUACAUGUUUCUAGACAAUAUUUAUUGGACUUGUGUUACUUGUUUUGAUGAGCAAUGCUGCCUCUCAAAAUAUUAGACUUCCUUAAACACUGUAUAUUAACCCUUGAGUGGACAUGUUAUUGUUCAUAACA